AUGAGUAAGAUUGUCAAAUUAGUAUCAAUCACUACUAUUGCUAGUGCUGGUCUAGCUUACUUCUACAAGGAUAAUGGAUAUUACUUUAAUAAAAGUGAAUAUAAGAGUAUGAGUCAAAGUAUUUCCAAUAUAAUAGAUAGAAAAACUAAUGAAUUACCAACAAAAUCUAUGGGUAAUACUACUAUGUUACCAUAUAAUGAAGAGUAUCAAGUUAGAUAUCCUACUGAAACUGUAAAAGAUAUUUGGAAUAAGUCUGUAAGACAAGGGGUUCAUUGGUUAUAUACCAUUUUUUAA